AUGAAUCUAUUUGCUCUGAUAUCGUUCUCCAUUCUGGCUGCGAUUCCGGCAGGACUUGCUGCACCAAAAUCUUUAAAAGUUGGAGCCAUAUUUCACGAAGAAGAACAUGUCAACUACUUGGCAUUUAACAGAGCUCUCGAUGAAUUACAAAAAGACGCCCUUCUAUCGAGUUAUCAGCUCGAGCCAAUUAUCAUAUGGGUGAAUUAUACCGCAGAUAGCUUCAAGACAUAUCUUGCCGCUUGCCAACUCAUUGAGCAAGGUGUGAUAGCGAUUUUCGGGCCUGGGAAUCCAUUCACAAGCAAUAUCGUCUCCAGUAUCACAUCAAGAUAUAAUAUUCCUCAUAUAGAAUAUACAUUCAAACGAGUCGAUGAUUCCCACUUUUCCAAUACAACUAUCAAUGUGUAUCCAGAUGCAGGAAUCAUCGCGGAGGCCCUCGCAGACCUUUUAGAGAGCAUGCAUUGGACACAGUUCACUGUGCUGUAUGAAACCAACGACGGACUAUCACGAUUGCAGAAAUUAUUGGAGAAACAUGGCCCGAAGGACUUUCCUGUAACGAUACGCCAAUUGAACCCAAGUUACGACAAACUGACAAAUGAACCGGAUUAUCGACCUUUGUUGAAAGAAGUGGCCAAUUCAUCGGAUUUCAAUAUUAUUCUUGAUGUUAGGCCUCAUAAUAUAAAGAGAAUUAUAGAACAAGCUCGUGAAGUUAAAAUGCUUCAGGAAUACUGGCACUACCUGGUCACUGAUUUGCAUUCUCCCACGGAGAUGAUGGUGGACGUACUCAACAAAUCCAGUGCGAAUGUCACAGUACUUCAAUUAUUGACCGACGAAAUUACUGAAUAUGAUCUGACUACGGUGGAAAGCGCAGUACUUUUCGAUGGAGUUUUCAUUCUCAAUGAAGCUUUAGAGGUGUUCAAAAAACAAAGCAAGGAUGAUGAAGAUGAGAGUAUGGAUAUUCAGCCAGGAUCAUAUACAUGCAGUAAUCCUGAAAAGUAUGCCGCCGGACUCAGCAUAGUGUCUCUCAUACGAGGAAUAACGACAGAUGGAAGUGUAAGUGGACCAAUUACUUUUCGUGAAAAUGGGGGCAGAUCAUUCAAGUUGACAUUUAAAGAAUUUUACAAUGAAAGAGUCACUACAUCUGGUCAUUGGGAUGAUGGACAGUUAACGGUAAUUAGUACUCCAGCAGAUCGUGAAGCCCACGCUCAACAAAGCAUUGAAAAAAGAAUGUUCAUAGUCACCACGAGAAAGGGAGAACCUUACGUAAUGGAAGUAUUAGACGGGUCUUCCAGAGGCUCGGCAUUUCUGGGCACAACCAAACGUUAUGAAGGCUACGCUGUUGACCUCAUCGAGGAACUGGCAAAAAUACUCAAAUUUAGCUACAGUUUUGAACUCGUACCGGGUAAUAACUACGGAAAUGAGGACCCGAAUACGAGACAGUGGGACGGCCUCAUCGGUCGCCUUUUACGACGAGAAACAGAUUUGGCAAUAUGCGAUCUCACGAUAACAAAAGCACGAGAAACCGCUGUAGAUUUUACAAUGCCAUUCAUGGAUCUGGGUAUAAGUAUUUUAUUCGCUAAAUCAGAGACUAAAGAGCCGGAGCUUUGGUCGUUUCUUUCACCAUUCUCUGCUGAUGUUUGGAUAUACGUGACAACAGCUUACGUUUCUGUGUCCGUCUUGCUUUUCGUGCAAGCGAGGAUGGCUCCUGAAGAGUGGAUUGCUCCUCAACCUAGUAGUACUGAGCCUGAAGAACUAGAGAACAGUUUUGACCUGAUGAAUUCAAUGUGGCUGACUGCCGGGUCGCUUGUACAAGCUGGUUCAGACAUUCUUCCUAGGGCCCCGUCAAUCCGCAUGGUAGCAGGCAUGUGGUGGUUCUUCGUCCUCAUAAUGGUAUCUUCUUACACUGCGAACUUAGCUGCCUUUCUCACUGCCACAAAAAAGGAUGUAUCCAUUGGUAGUGUCACAGAACUCGCUGCCCAAACGAAAAUCAAAUAUGGAGCUAUAAAAGGUGGUUCAACUGCUGGAUUUUUCAAGGGUUCGAAUACCUCAAUAUAUCAAAGGAUGUGGGCAGCAAUGAGCGAAGCGAAACCAAGCGUCUUCCCCAAGAACAAUGACCAAGGUGUGGAAAGAGUUGCUAAGGGGAAACAAACUUACGCUUUUCUCAUGGAAUCAACUGGCAUUGAGUACGCUAUAGAGCGCAAUUGCGAGCUGAUGAAGGUCGGCGACCUACUUGACAGCAAAGGAUACGGAAUUGCGCUACCACCCAAUUCACAGUACCGCACUCUAUUCAGUCAAGGCAUCCUCAAACUUCAGGAGAGGGGUAUCUUACGUCAGUUGAAAGAGAAAUGGUGGCUGCAGGGUAGUAAAAACUGCACUGCCAAUGAACCAGAACCGUCUUCGGGGGAACUCAGUAUGGCUCACGUUGGGGGCGUUUUCUUGGUUUUCAUAUUCGGCCUUUUCUUGGCUUUUGUUUUCGCAGUAUUUGAAUGCGUAUGGAAUGUGCGGAAAAUUGCCGUUGAGGAGAAAAUCACACCUCUUGCGGCAUUUAUUGAGGAAUUCAAAUUUGCUGUGAAUGUCACCGCGUCGAAAAAGCCUGUAAACAUAUCAAAAUCGGGCCAAAGUAGUCGUAAUUCAGGUGAACAAUCAGUCAACGCAGCGGCUAGCGAACGCUCAAAGGGAGGAUCCUUUCUUGAACUGGAUACUUUGGGUAACAAGAAUAAACAACAAAGAGAGUCUGAAUGA